AUGAACAGCCAACUAGUUAGCCGAUUAGCAUUGCUCAUAUUAUUCCGAUUUUUGCACUUGCUCGUCCUGUUCGAAUCCGACGUCUUCGCGCUCAUCACGCGCUAUUUCGAUUCGCGAAAAGACGAAGACGUCGAGGUGUUCAAUAUUUUGGCAAGGUAUCGAUUCGACGAAACCGAUGCAACAAGGGAAAGCGACUUCAUCAUUUUUCAUGAGCGAACAACGACAUUUGAUGAGAUUUGCGAAGAAGGAUGGCACAUUUAUAGCAUCAACGAGCGCUACGUCUAUUUUGUGCAAAUCGAGUCCGUCGAUUUCGAAACAAAUGUUUCAGUCGAAAAAUGCUCGAAACUAUCGCGAAAACUGUUUGAGUACGCCGACAAAAUCGCGCGAAUCGAUGUUGAAAAAUUCGAAAAAUUCGCCAAGAAAUGCCCACCAUUCAUGUGUCACGUCGUCAUGCUCCAUUCAGCUCCAUGCGGUGGUGGUACGGUAGCUGCCAAAUUAUUGCAAGCAUGUGAUGCUUCUAAAUUAUCAUUACUGGUCAUUGGAGAACCCCCAUUCCUUACGUCCCUCAGCGUGCUUUCAACUUCAUUAUCAAUUGAGGUGAUGAGAGGCUUGUGCAAAGCAUCGCUUCGUUAUUCCCUCAUUCAUCAAAAGCCAAAUCAAACCAUAGUGCUCAAAGCAAGACCUUGCUGUACCAAAAUUGUUCCAUAUAUUCAUGCAGAAUGCGCAUCGAUUCAACAUUUUUUCAUAGGAAACCGAAAUUACCUCGAUGUGAUUUCGCGGCUGGUCACCUACACUUCCACACAGAUUCCUGUGUUCUCAUUGGUUCAUAUUUUCCAAUUUAUCAAGUCUUAUAUUAAUAUUGUUCAGCUCUGCUGGCUACUUGGUCAUUCCAAGUACCUGGUUGACGCAAUAAGUUCAUGGAGGUUGAUGGAAGAAGAGCUGAUAACCAAGGUUGGUCCGAAGACUGACGUAGAAUUUGCUGUGGGACAAGUUUACGGUAGUCUAAUUAACUAUCAGAGAAAUGUGAACUAUUUUGCGCUGGAUACGGUAUUCAUCAAUGAUUUGAUCACCGACACCGCCAGUCAAAUUCGUCCAAUUCUGAAUCUGUGCGCAGUUUCGGAUCUAGCGAUUCCGGAAUGCAUCGAAUGGAAACGAAGCGCUGAAGAGGUCCUUAAAAACGUGUGGGACACUGUCGAAUUACCGAAAGAGGAUGUGCGACGAGUGCACGAAAUUGUAGAGCUCAUAGAGCAGAAUUGA